UCCGGGGCUACCGCAGCGUCCAUUUUCCCGCGACGAUGCUGCUUCAGCAAACACUCCUCCUUCCUAAACCCUCCUCUCCUCUACCCUUCCCCCCAAACCCUAACCCUAACCCUAAACCCUCUCCGCUCCUCUCCAUCUCUUCCACGACCCCUCGACUCCGGUCGAAACCCUCGCCUCCCUCCGCGUCGUCGUCGUCGUCAGCAACCUCCGAUCCCAUCCCUAACCCUGACCCUAAUCCUAAACCUAACCCUAAAAAACGCCGUUCAAAGCCCAAACCCCCGCCGGAAACAACCGGCGCCGGCGAAUUCCCGUCGACGAUCCCCCGGAAACCGCGCCGUGGGCGCCGGAGCGAGGCGGCGGCGGUGGAGGACUUCGUCCGAGACCGCCUCGAGCGGACCUUCGCCGCCAUACCGGAGAAGAACGCGGGGGUUUUGGAGGGGAAGGAGGAGGAAGUUCUAAAGAGCAGAGAUGAGAGCAUAGAGGAGGAGGAAGAGAAGAAUCAGGUGGUGGUGGAGGAGGAGGAUCCGGAUUGGCCGUUGGAUGCCGACAUCGGGUGGGGGAUACGGUCGUCAGAGUACUUUGAGAAGCAUCCGAUCAGGAAUGUAGUUGUGGAUGGCGUGGAGAUCGAUUGGGAGGGGGAGAUGGAGGAAGGGUGGGUGAAGGAGAUCAACUGCUUGGAGUGGGAGAGCUUCGCAUUCCAUCCGAGCCCUCUCGUCGUUCUAGUCUUCGAGCGCUACAAGAGGGCAGCUGAUAAUUGGAAGCUUCUGAAAGAGUUGGAAAAGGCAGCUAAAGUGUAUUGGAGUGCUAAGGAUAGACUACCUCCUAGGACAGUCAAGAUUGAUAUCAACAUUGAGACAGAUUUGGCAUAUGCACUCAAGGUCAAGGAAUGCCCGCAAUUGUUAUUCCUGAAAGGGAACAAGAUCUUGUAUAGGGAGAAAGAGAUGAGAAGUGCAGAAGAAUUGGUGCAAAUGAUAGCACAUUUCUACUACAAUGCAAAGAGACCUUCAUGGGUUGAUGCCACAGCGGUCGCUCCUCCGUUUUAAUUCCCAUGCGCAAGACUUGUGACAGUUUCCCCCCGUCAAGACGGCAUGGUGUUAGUAUGGCGCUGCAGACUGGCUUGAGACCUUGAAUUCUAUCCAUUUGCAGAUCGAAGAUGCAUUGAUGUGGCACUUCAUACUACGAGGUAAGUGCUGGCUAUCGACUUCGUCAAAUCCAGCAUAGAAGAGGCACCGUCAUUUGCAAUCUCGAAUCUGUAAAGAUACACUUCUAGAGGGCCAACAAUCACUAUUGAGAAUUGUUGGAUGAAAGAAAGAGUUAUUUAGUUUAGCCUUGUAACUGGUUCUCAGAAUGGUGAAAUACUGUAGUGCAUGAUAGUCAUUACGUAAACCACCAGUAUCAUUCGAUGCCCAAGAAGAAUCAACAAGUUCUGAUUUGCUAUUCCAUCCAAGUGAGUGAUUGUGUUAUAGAAGCAACAUUUCGAAUGAAUCAAGAUUUUAUGGUGCCAGUUUGGUAGUA